UACACGCUCCGCCCGAACAUCGGAGCAAUCCUGCCGGAUUCAUUGUAACUUCAAUUUCCAACAGAUAGCUUUCGAAAAUGAUCUCAAAGACUUCAAUUCUUCUCCUUGGCUUUGCCUGCGCUGCUGUUGGCGCCAAUUACAUAGAAUCCGCUAUUUUCAAAUUCGAUGACAGUUGCGAACCACUUGAAGAACCACGCAAGCCAGAAGUCGCAAAAUGCUAUGAGCCUUCCACUAGUUUGCCAAAAACUCUCGAGGAAUAUCGUGCAAUGGGAUACGACUGGGGAGAGUUUGUGCAUGACGACAAAGCGGAUCAAGCUCCAGAAGGACUUGACGAGGUCUUCACCUACCCAAUGGUUCCAUUCAUCGGCAUGAGCCUUCUCGCCUCCAAGAAAUUUUAAUUGUGAAUCUGUGAACUUAUUUCAGGGGGGAAUAAAUCUGUUAACAAAA